UCUCUCUCUCUCUCUCUCUCUCUCUCCCUCCCCCGGGACCUUUUCCCUCCGUCUCUCCCGCACGUAGCCUCCUCAGUUCGGCAGCUCAUGGACGAGUCUUCGCUCCUGGAGGAUCCAGUGUGAGAACUUUACCAUUCAGCCAUGUGCGGUUUGUCCGGAGGAGGAACCGCGGCGCUGCUUCUGCUUCUGCUCUGCCGCUGUCACUGCACCAGCCCCGGGAGAAGAGUGUGUCAGGGGACGAGUAACCAGCUGACGUUGUUGAUGACACAUGAGAAUCACUAUGAGAACCUGGUGAGGAUGUAUACGAACUGUUCGGUGGUUCUGGAGAAUCUGGAGGUGACGUACGCUCUGCAGCAUCACGACCUGUCGUUCCUCCAGUCCAUCCAGGAAGUGGGCGGGUACAUUCUCAUUGCCAUGAACGAGGUUGCUACGAUCCCAUUGGUCAAUCUGAGGCUGAUCCGAGGUCAGAUCCUGUACGAGGGUCAAUUCUCUCUGUCGGUGAAGUCCAACUACAAAAGGAACCAGUCGUCUGACACACAGAACUACACAAGUGGACUGAGACAACUGCUGCUCAGCAACCUGACUGAGAUUCUGAGGGGGGGGGUUAAGAUGACCCACAAUCCUUUGCUGUGUCACACUGACACUAUCCAGUGGUGGGACAUCCUGGACAACGACACCAAUCCCAGAAUGCAUUUCGAGAUGGAGACGUUCCCCAGAAAAUGUGAUAAGUGUGACACGAGUUGUGUGAACGGUUCGUGUUGGGCCACAGGACAACAUCACUGCCAGAGAGUCACAAAGCUGCAAUGUGCCAAACAGUGCAGCAGCAGGUGUCGAGGUCCCAAACCCAUGGACUGCUGUAACGAGCAGUGUGCGGCCGGCUGCACCGGGCCGCACGCCACCGACUGCCUGGCCUGCAGGAACUUUAAUGAUGACGGGACGUGUAAAAACACAUGUCCCCCUCCGACGCUCUACAACAUCAAAACACACCAGGUGGACAACAACCCCAACGCCAAGUUCACCUUCGGGGCGAUCUGCAUCAUGUCCUGCCCACAUAACUACGUGGUGACAGACGGGUCGUGUGUUCGAACCUGCAGCGCUGGAAUGUACGAGGUUGAGGAGGACGGAGUCCAACGCUGCAAAAAGUGUGGCGGGCCCUGUCCCAAAGCCUGUGAUGGAGUCGGGGUCGGCUCUCUGACCGACACCCUGGCAGUGAACGCCUCCAACAUCGAAUCCUUCAGGAACUGCACCAAAAUCAAUGGAGAUGUCUCGCUCCUGGAAACCUCCUUCACCGGAGAUGCUCAUUAUAAAAUCCCGCCCAUGGAUCCUGUGAAGCUGGAGUACUUCAGGACAGUGAAGGAAAUCACCGGUUAUCUGCUGAUCCAGUCGUGGCCGGAGAACCUGACGUCUCUGUCUGUGUUCGAGAACCUGGAGAUCAUCAGAGGGAGAACGACGCGCUUGCAACACAGUUUGGUAGUGGUGAAAGCGAAGCACCUCCGCUGGCUGGGGCUGCGCUCCCUGAAGGAGGUGAGCGAUGGGAACGUGAUCUUCAGAGACAAUGUCCAGCUCUGCUACAAUGGACUCAAACAGUGGACCCGCCUCUUCAGAUCCAGUGACCAGACCAUCAAGAUGCGGGACAAUUCUGCCCCCGGUGUCUGUGAACAACAGAAUCGAACCUGUGAUGAUGAGUGUACAGAUGGCGGCUGCUGGGGUCCAGGUCCAACCAUGUGCGUCUCCUGUCGACAUUUUGACCGCAAGCGGCGCUGUGUGGCCUUUUGUAACCUGCUGCAGGGUGAACCCAGAGAGGUGGAGGUGAACGGCAGCUGUGUCCAGUGUCAUCCAGAGUGUCUGCUGACACCCGGGACUCCAGCCUGCCACGGACCGGGUCCCGACCAGUGUUCCCAGUGCGCCCAUGCCCAGGACGGCCCUCACUGCGUGACACGAUGCCCCCGUGGCGUCCCAGGGGACGGAGACACGCUGGUCUGGAAAUACGCCGACGACACGGGCCAGUGUCAGGCCUGUGACCAGAACUGCACCAAGGGGUGUUCAGGACCGGGUCUGUCUGGGUGUUCAGGUGCUGCUGGUCACUCCAUGCUGGCGGUGGGAGUAGUGGGAGGACUCUUUGUCGCUGUUAUUGUGCCAUUGGUCAUCUUUGUGUUGCUACGGCGACAACGAAUCAGGAGGAAGAGGACUCUGCGGCGCCUCCUGCAGGAGAGAGAGCUGGUGGAGCCGUUGACUCCGAGUGGUGAAGCUCCGAACCAGGCGCUGCUGAGAAUCCUGAAGGAGACGGAGUUUAAGAAGAUUCGGGUCCUCGGCUCCGGGGCCUUUGGCACUGUCUUCAAGGGUCUGUGGAUUCCUGAGGGAGAGAACGUGAAGAUCCCAGUUGCCAUCAAAGUUCUGAGAGAAGCAACAUCACCUAAAGCCAACCAAGAAAUCCUGGACGAGGCGUAUGUCAUGGCGAGUGUGGAUCACCCUCACGUGUGUCGUCUGCUGGGAAUCUGUCUGACGUCGUCGGUACAGCUGGUCACACAGCUGAUGCCGUACGGCUGCUUGCUGGACUACGUCCGACACCACCAGGACCAGGUGGGGGCCCGGUGGCUGCUGAACUGGUGCGUCCAGAUCGCCAAGGGGAUGAACUACCUGGAGGAUCGUCACCUGGUGCAUCGAGACCUGGCGGCGAGGAACGUUCUGCUGAAAAGUCCUAACCACGUCAAAAUCACUGACUUCGGCCUGGCCAAGCUACUGACGGCUGAUGAGAAGGAGUACCAUGCUGAUGGAGGAAAGGUUCCAAUUAAGUGGAUGGCGUUGGAGUCGAUCCUCCAGUGGACGUACACACAUCAGAGUGACGUGUGGAGCUACGGUGUGACUGUGUGGGAGCUGAUGACCUUCGGCUACAAACCCUACGACGGAAUCCCAGCACGCGAUAUCGCCUCGGUGCUGGAGAGAGGAGAGCGGCUGCCUCAGCCUCCCAUCUGCACCAUCGACGUCUACACGGUCAUGGUCAAAUGUUGGAUGAUCGAGCCGUCGAGUCGCCCGAGGUUCAGAGAACUGACGCUGGAGUUUUCUAAAAUGGCAAGAGAUCCGUCCAGAUACCUGGUGCUACAGGGCGACCAGCCCAGUCCGACCGACAGUAGGUUUUUUUCUCGUCUCUUGAGUUCGGACGACGACGACGUCGACGCUGACCAGUACCUGCUGCCCAGUAAGGGACUGGGAAACCACGACAGCCAGUGCUGUAACACCACGAACGGUCGACCAAUCAGAGAGAACAGCGUCACUCUGCGUUACAUCACUGAUCCGACUCACAACUCGCUGGAUAAAGACGACUUCACUGUUCACGAGUACAUGAACCAGAGCGUGAGUGGAACCAGCUGCAGCAGCCGACUGUCUGAGGCGUUGAAUCCAAACUACGAGGAUCUGAGUUUGGGCUUGGGCGCCUCCUCACUUCCUGUUUCGCAGGAUGAUCUGAAGAUCUUCAGCCGAGUUCCAGAGGGACCAGAAUACCUGAACGCCGCCCAGAAGCCGAUCGCCCUGGCUGCUUGGAACAGCCUUGACAACCCGGACUACCAGGCCGACUUCCUGCCGCAGGAUAACCCCUCUUCUUUCACCGCUGAUGGUGCAUUCCUCCCGGCGGCCGAGAACCUGGAGUACCUGGGUCUGGGAGCUGCACUGCACGCUCCUGCCCGCUAGAGGGCAGCAACCUGCAAGCUGAAGCUGUAAGUUAAGUGGAAACAGAACAUGGCUUCCUGUGUUUCAGACCGACUUAGACACUGAGUGUUGUAGAUACACUGGAACUCAACCUCUGCAUACUGUGUGCUGCUCAACGGCACGCUAACAGGGAGCACCAUGAAACCAAACAACGUCAGCUGCUGUCCAGACAGUUUCCCACAGAUACUCGUCCGUCUGUCUAAUGUCUUUUCUAAUGUUAACGACUGUAUUCUGUCUGCGUCUCCGUGGAAAUCCAUAGUUUAGUGACAUGAUGGACGAAGAGACACAAAGACAUUACAUUUCUGAGAUUCGUCCACUUCCUGUCUCUGUAUCCUGUGUUCGGCAGUAUUUCA